AGGGCGGGCGGCGGCGGCCCGCCGUAUAUAUCUCGGCGCACCCCGCCAGGUCGCGCACAGCGCCCCGAGCCCAGGCGCCUCCCCGCCCCCUCUCCGCGCUCCGCGGCGGCGGCGGCAGCAGUAGCAGCAAUAUGGCUGUUGAUGGGUGUUCGGGGUGGCGCUGGCGGCGGGAGGAGCUCCCCCGAGCCCCUGCGCCGGCUGCCCGUUGCUAGCUAUGGCAAAUGGUGGCGGCGGCGGCGGCGGCAGCAGCAGCGGCGGCGGCGGCGGCGGCGGCGGAGGCAGCAGUCUUAGAAUGAGUAGCAAUAUCCACGCGAACCAUCUCAGCCUAGACGCGUCCUCCUCCUCCUCCUCCUCUUCCUCCUCCUCUUCUUCCUCCUCCUCCUCUUCCUCCUCGUCCUCGGUCCACGAGCCCAAGAUGGAUGCGCUCAUCAUCCCGGUGACCAUGGAGGUGCCGUGCGACAGCCGGGGCCAGCGCAUGUGGUGGGCUUUCCUGGCCUCCUCCAUGGUGACUUUCUUCGGGGGCCUCUUCAUCAUCUUGCUCUGGCGGACGCUCAAGUACCUGUGGACCGUUUGCUGCCACUGCGGGGGCAAGACGAAGGAGGCCCAGAAGAUUAACAAUGGCUCAAGCCAGGCGGAUGGCACUCUCAAGCCAGUGGACGAAAAAGAGGAGGCAGUGGCAGCUGAGGUCGGCUGGAUGACCUCUGUGAAGGACUGGGCGGGGGUGAUGAUAUCUGCCCAGACACUGACUGGCAGAGUCCUGGUUGUCUUAGUCUUUGCUCUGAGCAUUGGUGCACUUGUAAUAUACUUCAUAGAUUCGUCAAACCCAAUAGAAUCCUGCCAGAAUUUCUACAAAGAUUUCACAUUACAGAUCGACAUGGCUUUCAACGUGUUCUUCCUUCUCUACUUUGGUCUGCGGUUUAUUGCAGCCAACGAUAAGCUGUGGUUCUGGCUGGAAGUGAACUCUGUGGUAGAUUUCUUCACGGUCCCCCCAGUGUUUGUGUCUGUGUACUUAAACAGAAGUUGGCUUGGUUUGAGAUUUUUAAGAGCUCUCAGACUGAUACAGUUUUCAGAAAUUUUGCAGUUUCUGAAUAUCCUUAAAACAAGUAAUUCCAUCAAGCUGGUGAAUCUGCUCUCCAUAUUUAUCAGCACAUGGCUAACAGCAGCGGGGUUCAUCCAUUUGGUGGAGAAUUCAGGGGACCCAUGGGAGAAUUUCCAGAACAACCAGGCUCUCACGUACUGGGAAUGUGUCUACUUACUCAUGGUCACCAUGUCCACUGUUGGCUAUGGGGACGUUUACGCGAAAACCACGCUUGGGCGCCUUUUCAUGGUCUUCUUCAUCCUCGGGGGACUGGCCAUGUUUGCCAGCUACGUCCCUGAAAUCAUAGAAUUAAUAGGAAACCGCAAGAAAUACGGGGGCUCCUAUAGUGCGGUUAGUGGAAGAAAGCACAUUGUGGUCUGCGGACACAUCACUCUGGAGAGUGUUUCCAACUUCCUGAAGGACUUCCUGCACAAGGACCGGGAUGAUGUCAAUGUGGAGAUCGUCUUUCUUCACAACAUUUCCCCUAACCUGGAGCUUGAGGCUCUGUUCAAACGACAUUUUACUCAGGUGGAAUUUUAUCAGGGUUCAGUCCUCAAUCCACAUGAUCUUGCAAGAGUCAAGAUAGAGUCAGCAGACGCGUGCCUCAUCCUUGCCAACAAGUACUGCGCUGACCCUGAUGCUGAAGACGCCUCCAACAUAAUGAGAGUAAUCUCCAUAAAGAACUACCACCCGAAGAUAAGAAUCAUCACUCAGAUGCUGCAGUAUCACAACAAGGCCCAUCUGCUAAACAUCCCGAGCUGGAACUGGAAAGAGGGAGAUGAUGCAAUUUGCCUCGCGGAGCUGAAGCUGGGGUUCAUAGCCCAGAGCUGUCUGGCUCAAGGCCUCUCCACCAUGCUCGCCAACCUCUUCUCCAUGAGGUCAUUCAUAAAGAUUGAGGAAGACACGUGGCAGAAAUAUUACUUGGAAGGAGUCUCAAAUGAAAUGUACACAGAAUAUCUCUCCAGUGCCUUCGUGGGUCUGUCCUUCCCUACCGUUUGUGAGCUGUGUUUUGUGAAGCUUAAGCUCCUGAUGAUAGCCAUUGAGUACAAGUCCGCCAACCGGGAGAGCCGAAGCCGAAAGCGUAUAUUAAUUAACCCUGGAAACCAUCUUAAGAUCCAAGAAGGCACUUUAGGAUUUUUCAUCGCAAGUGAUGCCAAAGAAGUUAAACGGGCAUUUUUUUACUGCAAGGCCUGUCACGAUGACAUCACAGAUCCCAAAAGAAUAAAAAAAUGCGGCUGCAAACGGCUGAUAUAUUUUGAAGAUGAGCAGCCAUCAACACUGUCCCCCAAAAAAAAGCAGCGGAAUGGAGGCAUGCGGAACUCACCGAGCUCCUCGCCCAAGCUGAUGAGGCAUGACCCCUUGUUAAUUCCCGGCAAUGAUCAGAUUGACAACAUGGACUCCAACGUGAAGAAGUACGACUCUACUGGCAUGUUUCACUGGUGCGCACCCAAGGAGAUAGAGAAAGUCAUCCUGACUCGAAGCGAAGCUGCCAUGACCGUCCUGAGUGGCCACGUCGUGGUCUGCAUCUUUGGUGAUGUCAGCUCAGCCCUGAUUGGCCUCCGGAACCUGGUGAUGCCACUCCGAGCCAGCAACUUUCAUUACCACGAGCUCAAGCACAUCGUAUUCGUGGGCUCCAUUGAGUACCUCAAGCGGGAAUGGGAGACGCUUCAUAACUUCCCCAAAGUGUCCAUAUUGCCUGGUACGCCAUUAAGUCGGGCUGAUUUAAGGGCCGUCAACAUCAACCUCUGUGACAUGUGCGUUAUCCUGUCAGCCAAUCAGAAUAAUAUUGAUGAUACUUCGCUGCAGGACAAGGAAUGCAUCUUGGCGUCACUCAACAUCAAAUCUAUGCAGUUUGAUGACAGCAUCGGGGUCUUGCAGGCUAAUUCCCAAGGUUUCACACCUCCAGGAAUGGACAGAUCCUCUCCAGAUAACAGCCCAGUGCACGGGAUGUUACGUCAACCAUCUAUAACGACUGGGGUCAACAUCCCCAUCAUUACUGAACUAGCUAAACCUGGCAAGUUGCCUUUGGUAUCAGUCAAUCAGGAAAAAAACAGUGGGACGCACAUUCUAAUGAUAACCGAACUGGUGAAUGAUACUAACGUUCAGUUUUUGGACCAAGACGAUGAUGAUGACCCCGACACAGAACUGUACCUCACGCAGCCGUUUGCAUGUGGGACAGCAUUUGCAGUCAGCGUCCUGGACUCGCUCAUGAGUGCGACAUACUUCAAUGACAAUAUCCUGACUCUGAUCCGGACCCUUGUGACCGGGGGAGCCACGCCAGAGCUUGAGGCCCUGAUUGCUGAGGAGAAUGCACUUCGAGGGGGCUACAGCACCCCCCAGACGCUGGCCAAUAGGGACCGCUGCCGCGUGGCCCAGUUAGCACUGCUGGAUGGACCCUUUGCAGACUUGGGGGAUGGUGGUUGUUAUGGUGAUCUGUUCUGCAAAGCUCUGAAAACAUAUAAUAUGCUUUGUUUUGGAAUUUACCGGCUGAGAGAUGCUCACCUCAGCACCCCCAGCCAAUGCACGAAGAGGUAUGUCAUCACCAACCCCCCGUACGAGUUUGAGCUCGUGCCGACAGACCUGAUCUUCUGCUUGAUGCAGUUCGACCACAACGCCGGCCAGUCCCGGGCCAGCCUCUCCCAUUCCUCCCACUCGUCCCAGUCCUCCAGCAAGAAGAGUUCCUCCGUGCACUCCAUCCCGUCCACGGCAAACCGACAGAACCGACCCAAGUCCCGGGAGUCCCGAGACAAACAGAAUGCAACAAGGAUGAAUAGAAUGGGCCAAGCAGAAAAGAAAUGGUUUACAGAUGAACCGGAUAAUGCCUAUCCCAGAAACAUUCAAAUCAAGCCCAUGAGUACCCACAUGGCUAACCAGAUCAACCAAUAUAAAUCCACAAGCAGCUUGAUUCCACCAAUCAGAGAAGUUGAAGAUGAAUGUUGACUCCCAGGAGACCAGAACUAUUUUUUUAAAGCCUGACAAACUUCAUAAAUGGUGACGUGACUUUUCUUCCUCUUACAUGCUGAAUCACUGGUGGAGACGUUAGGAUAAGCGAGAAAUGCAAGAAAAAUAAAGUAGACAGAUCUUUCUUUUUGUCUGCCUUGAAUAUUGCUUCCAUGUAUUUUGGAAAAGAAAAUGAUUUCAUUUAUAAAUGAACAUACUAAAAUAGUCAUGUAUAGCCUCUAGCAUUUUAAAUUAUUUUUAUUUAUUAGAAAGAAAUAUAUUUUUUCUUUUCUUUUUUUCAUUGUCAAAUACCUUCCCUGUAUCUAAACAAUGCAAAAUCAACAUGAGUAAGUGGCCAGACUCCUUAAAACAUCUUUCUCUUCUUUCUCUCUUUUCCUUUGAGGAGAAUGAUGGUCACCACCACAAUUAAUUGUAACGAAGGCCAAUGGAUUACUAAAACAAUUUUCAAAUUGUCCAAUGAUGUAAACAUGUAUUUUAGUAAAUUCAUAAAAGAAGACAAAAAAGGGGGCAGGUGAAUUUCCUGGAUGGGUGUUGUAUCUUAGCUGCACUGACACCAGCUCUUAAUAAAUGGAAACUUAUUUAUUUUCUCAGUUGAAAGUCAUAUUUUUGUAGCUUUAGUUUUCAUUCUGUAUUGCUCAUCCCUUUGUUCGUAUAUUUGAAGGAAAGACCUUCUUGCAGCUUUUCUACAAUUACCAGAUGAGGUUGAUCCGGCCAAUGAACGAUGUCAGGAGGGUUGUGAGCACGCCUGGGACAUUGACCUUGAGGACUAGAUACACACGAGAUACUGCUCCGUUUGUUGUGUGAAUGGUGGGGACUCCUCCAUGCUGUUAUGCUUCCCAUUUCCUAUGUCCAAACCACCCUCGCAAGUACAGGAAUUUCAAUUCUGGAAGGGUUUGGUGGACUUUUUCCCCACGCUCCAAGUCUCAGAGCUUUUAGCCUGAAAGUGUGUAAACACCAGUGGAUAGUUUCACUUCACAACAGGAUAUGAUAACAUGUUCGUUCUUUUUGAUGAGUUUUUGUUUAAAAGCCAGAAACAUUUUCACGAUCAAGGAGACUACUUUUGCCCAGAUUUCAUUUUAUUUUUUCAGGCUUUCCUUUAGUUGUUGGGACAAAACACACAAACUUGCUGCAACGGUGUAAAACAUAAUAACGACAAAAGGAAAGCAAUGAAUGCACUCAAUCCUGACUGUUAGAAAAGGCCUUUGAAAAUGACCGGCAAUGAAAUCAAAUGUCUCAGCCACUUCCAACUGUGCUCAAAGAUUUUUCUAGCCAUCAGACACAAUUACCAAGUCUCAGAGCUCUGCCGUGGCUUGCAUGCUUGGUGUCUAGUCGUCCCGGCAACUGUUACGUUCCAAACAAUUUAGCAAAUCUUUCAACUUCAAAAUGAUCAAUCUUUUAUACAGUCAUCAGGGUCUAUGGAGAAGCAUGGAUGUGAUAGUGAUUUUUCUUUUCUUAAAAAUGUAAACUGUGGACACUUGAAGAAACCAAACUUACCAAAAUAUCCCCGCAAAGUCCCAUGAUAUCUCCUCCAUUAAUUCUUUAGGCCAUGACCCUGUGGCACUUAGGAUAUUAGUGCAACUCAGAUCAGAGCCAAGCAAUGAAAUCACCAUGAAAACAUAUGUCCACUAAGUACUCCAAUGACCAGUGUAGGCAAAAUGAGCUUCUGCCCCUGUCUACUCUCUGCAGAGCCCAUGUAGUCGUGCUUCUGCCCUAUAGGCGCUGUCCUGAAGUGACUUGUCAGACUGUGGUUACCCUGUUGUCACAUUUUGUAGAAGUAGUUCUAUAAAAGUAUCGUGAAUAUAAUGUACGUCCAAUUGGAUUGUUAAAAAACUACUUAUAACCAAUCAUUAGUCUACUAAAAUGACUAAAAUGACGUCAGCAGUCUAUAUCCAGGCUUAUGAACAUUUCCUGGUUUCCCACAGAAGUAAAACAGGUUUGUGGGGGUGAAUCCCUUGUUUGGAUUUCACAACUUUCCUGAAAGCUAGGCCUUCUUCUACAUAAUGAUUUUGCAUUGGGGUCACCUUGGUAUGUUCACACCAACCCACGCUCUUCUUUCCUUCAUGAACCCUGGUGGGCUCUUCUUCACGCUGUCUCCUGAUAACCAUCUCUGAAUUUGUCACAACUGUUUGGUGUCCUCUGGCAGGCAAUGGUGGCCACCUAAAGGAUCUUCUCUUAAAGAAACAGUGUCCUGUGCUUCUCGAACCCAUCUCUCCACACCAAGUCACUCUGAAAACACAAGUGAGAACUCUAAGACCUGAUUGGCUAGAGAUUUGGAUUUAAACUCCUUUGCUUUGCUUUUCUCUUUCUUCCCCUUUCCUUUUCUUUCCAUUCAAGUAUUGCUGAAAGAAAACUUUUUUUUUUUUCCUUUUGACCAAAAUGGCUAAAAUGGCUUCCUAUAGCAAAGGGCUGCCCCAAAAACUAACUGGCAGGAAUCUAUUUUCUUCUACAGUAAAGUAGCAAGCUCAUGUUGUUUUGCUUUUGAUAAAUUCAGUAAAAAUUCGUCUGAUACAGAAAAUAAAAAUGAGCUUUUUUGUUUUCUUGAGGAAGUAUGCAAAAAUGGUUGGUGGCUCCUUUGGCAAAAACUGGUGCCUAGUAGGUUCAAAGUGACACAAGAACAGAAACAAGAUUAUAAGACUACUGAAGGGCCCAACCCAAUAUUAGAUCUUCCUGAUUAGUUUCAAUGUGUUGACCUUUCUGGCCAGGAAGAGGUCAUCUUUCAACCCCACUGUGACAGAACCAUUCCCAUUUUUCUGACUAAAUUAAGGCCAAUGACGGUCAUUAUUGGUAUCAUCUGUCUUAUACGACUAUGAUCUUCCAUCCCAGUUCAGGGCUCCACAAAAGUCCUUACCCAAACUAAAGUCUCUUGGGUGCUUUGGGAAUCAAAGAUCCAUCAAGAGUCUAUUUAAGAAGUGGAAAUCACCUGCUUACAAAGACAUCAUCACCAUCAUCAUCUUUCUUUUUAAGAAAACUUUUACUUUCAUUUAAGCAAUUUUACAUUUCAAAAUGUCACCUUGAACUAAUAUAAAAGACUUUAAAGAUAAGUGAUUGUGACUAAGGCAUGUUGGGGAACACCAGAGCUCUUUCCUUUCAAAGGUUGGGGCAUCUUAUGAUGUACUUUUGUACAGAAUUUAAUUAAAGACUUAAAAAACAACAGGGGAUUAAAACUCUUUGGUUCAAGUUGGAAAAGAGAUAAAGCCUAAGAAAGCAUAAACAUAAAAGCGUAAGAGGAAGCAUAAGAAAAUUGGGGAUUAUUUUUAUGUUGAAAGGCAAAAGAGUACAACUUCCUUACUUGGGUUGAAUAUGAGUGUUCAAGAGCUACAUCUACAAAUAACUAGCUAUGAGCUUGGAGAAUAUUCAUGAAACCGUCAGAGUCCCAGGGACCUCAUUUGUAAAUGAGAGUGAUUCACCUAAAUGGCCCUAAGGUGCGUUUCAGAUCUGGCAGGAUGUGAGUUAGGAUAGUAGUGGGAGCCUUAGAAUAGACCUUGGAGACAAUCUUGUCCUGUGCUGAUGGGCCUCUUGUUACAGCACCCAAGCAGUACUCCUGAUGUACAGUUUUUGCUCUGGACAUGUGGAAGCUACGUUCAUGCCUCUGCUUCACACUUUGGAGUCUCCUUAGGUUCAAAAUGCAGUUUCAAAAUUCAGGUUCUCCUGGGUCACAUCAGGUCAGACUUUUCUGUUUGUUCCUAUGAUUUUCUUUCCCAUCUCAGCUCUGCCUGCCCUUUUCUUGGCUCCAAGCGUAGUUCCAGUCAAUCCCUUCAUCUCUAACCUGUAUCUCCACUUUCCAAUUCUAGUUAGAGUCUCAUGACCCCUAGAUUCCUAUGAUUUUUCCUCAUUUUUAUUUCCACAGGUGAAUCUGGGGUUUAGGAAGCAACCCAUCUUCUCACUUCAUUUCCUGUCCUGUUCAUUUGAUUUCUUUUCUUCCAUUCAUCAGUCAAAUUUUGAUAUACCAUUCUUCAUUUUCAAUGAGAACCUCAGUAAAGAAAGAAAGGAAGGAAAGAGCAAAAUGAGGAAGAAAGGUAGGAAGAGAGAGGAAAAAGAAUAUCAAAUCAAUUGAUUUGAUCAUCAGCCUACUCACAGGAGAUCAAACAGAUCCAUUCAACUUGGACAUGGCAUUCUAUGGUAGAAUCUGUCUAUUUUCCCUUCUGUCCCUAUAGUCUGUCUAUUCACUAUUCUGUUCCUCUUUGUGGCUUUUGGAAUGGUAGUAAUAUCACUCUGGUCCUUCAAAGGAACUUCACUAUUUAGGGCUUGACUCAUUCUCUUUAAAAAUCAAAGGGAACUGAGAUUUCACUUAUAACUCAUCUGGUAAAUUCCCUUUCUCCCCCUCCCCUACUCACCCCAUGUUCCCAAAGCGCAUUUAGUUUUCUAUCCAGCAGAGAUGAUUUGGCACUUAAAUCCCAUGAUCAUAUAAAGUGGUGAUAUGGCCCUUUGGAUUUAUUAAUGAGAGAAGAGUAAUUAGAAAUGAUUUCCAGCCAGCUUAUAUGAGCGUGGCCAUAUUGGUUUUUUAGGUGAAGUCUGCUCUAGUUGGUUGUUGCCCAUGUAAUACCAGUUGUUCAUAUUUUUUAAAUUGCCAUAAAAUAAGACAGUUCAGCCUAUACUUUUAUCCUUAAUUUUAUUUCCCAAAGAACUACAGAGCUUAAUUUGCCAUUGCUCUGGCAAGCUCGUCUGGAACAUGUACAGAGGGAAAGGAGCCUCUGUGUCCUGAAGCAGCAACCCGUUUGCCGAACACCAGUUAGAGUCUGCAUUGUAUCACAGCCUCAUGUGGUUAGACUGGGGGAGGAAUGCUGAGUUAGACUAUCCAUACCAGACCUUCCUAUUUUGCUUCAUUUUUUGAAAAAGGGCCUGAGACUUAAGUAUCUAAAGACAGGCCAAGCCAGGAAAUGCAUCUAGAAGCUAGGAAGAAAGAGCAAAAACAAAAUGAUAUAAACAGCAAUUUCAAGCACCAUCAGCCAGGUGCAGGUAUGUGGUGGCAAGAGUUAGUGCUCUGGGUGGAAAGGAAGGAGAUAUUGUAUUGAAUCAUAUAGUUUGAGAAGAAUGCAGAGUGAUAUAGUGCUUGAUGGGUUUUGGAGGUAUUUCAAAGGGAAAUAGAUGGCUGGAGAAAUGUAGAGAAUGAAGGUUUUCCAGGAAGAGGUGACUUAAUGGUCCAUGGCUCAUUGGUGGGAACGGGAUCUCAAUACAUAGGGCAUUUUGUCUCUGGUGACACGAUCCUAGAGGGGAGCUGAAGAAACCUAAGAUGAGACCUCAGGAAAUAGAUAGUCUGAAGGGCUAAGCCAAGAGAUUGAGACUUGAAUUAGAAAGCCAUGGAAAGCCACCAAAAGUUUUAAACAGAGUGAUGAACACCAAUGUCUCUGCAUUUUUUAGGUUGAAAGUUUUGAGAUGUUAGCUCCUCCUGGAAGUCAUCAGGAGUGCAUGUGCAAAGCUAAAUGUUUUUCUCAGCUGCAUGGAGUUCUCAAUGGUGCACAUUCCAAGUCAAAAACAGUAUAUGAAGAACCUACCUUCCUCAGAUGAGUGUUAUAGAUCAUACUCAUUGUAGAAGUUUAGUUGGAGUUAGUUGGGGGGGCUGGUGGGCAGAUUGGGUGUCAGGGCAGUGACUGGUUCUGGAAAGGUUCUUUUGAAAGAAACACUGACUUUGGACCCCAGGAGAAGAACCACAUGGAGGAAUAGGAAAGAAAAGAAGACAGGAAAGGGAGCCAGCGAAUAUGGGAAGCUGAACAAUGUCAUAUUGGAUUCAUUCAGAGUAGAAGAAGCUGAGAGCUUUCCAUCAAGGAACACGUUGCAGACAAAUAUGAGUGGGCAGGUGGAGCUGGGGAGAGGCUUCCAGCAGGCUCUGGAUUUGGAAGUCAGAUCCACAGAGGUCCUUGUGAAGUGGGGAGCAUGGCUGAAUCUUCCAAAGGAGAAAGCAUAGGUCUGAAAGGUCAUCUGGCAGAAGACUCAGGGGCCUACAGCCAUAUUUAUAGGGGCUAAAAGGAAUAAAAUAAGUAGAUACUCUUGGGAUGGGAGAUCCACAGUACUCCAGAACUAGAGAAGCAAGAAAAGGGAAACCAAGAAAGAAAGGGUGGGUUAUCCAUGAGGUUGGAGAUGAGUGGUACUGGAGAGGGAUGACUCAGAAGUGAAAGGACUCACGUGAUAAGGGUAAGGACUUUGCUUAUUCAUCUUUAACCCCAGAGCUCGUCAUGAGGCCUGUCUCAGGCUGGGGCAUCAGUUGGCCACUAUGUGUUACUUUGGACACCAUGGGAAACACAAGGUGGGCAGAUCCUCUAGGUCACUGACACUUUUCCCGGAGAAGGACUCAAAGGAGAGGGAUCUUGAGGUGGGUCACCUCUUUCCCCUCGCUGUUCAUGUCACCCCACUAUUCUGCAUUCCUUUCUGAGCAAUACACACACUGGAAGCUUUGGUUUUGGCAUUCUUAGAACAAAUGUGACAAUCACUUUGCUUUGGUGACUUUUCUGGGCAAGCAGCAGGAGGAGUGAGGCUUUUUGGUGUGGUGAAAACCAACCUGAAUUUCUAGCAGAUUUUAAGUUUAAAAGGGUUUCCUUUGGUCUGUUUAUCCCCUUGAGGAUAUCUGUGUUUCUUCUCCUCUUCCUUGCUCUUCAGCAGAACAGGGACAAAAGUGACCCCAAAGCUCUCCACUGUGCCUGCCUUAGGAAGCAUGGCUGGGCUGACUGUUCAGAAUCUUAGAUGGGAAUGUACGCACGGCCUGGAUGUGCAUCUGCCAGAGCAAACCAGAGCUUUCCUCACACGGGAUUCAGGGUCAAUGUGAGAGGCAGCCAGCAGGUGAGGGAUCCCUGCCAACAAGGUUGACAGAGCCCCACAUCCACACUAAAGCAAAGCCCUGCUGCCCCAGAGCAGCCUGCUCCCUUUCCCUUCCUUCCGCUAAGUACAGCCGGAGACACAUUUGACCAGAACUGCAACAUUUCAGACAUAAACCAAACCCGGCCUGGAAAUUCUAAUUAAAAACGUUCCAUUCCCAGGUGGCAUAGUCGCAUCCUGCCUAAAACUUCUGGCCCACAUCCCAUCCCCCAGAUGCUGAAAAAGAAACCUUUCCCCACUUAACACCCAAAACCUGAACUCAAUGUUUCUUCAGGGGACAAAGGAAAAAAAAAAGUACUCUUCUACAGAGGUCAGCCUACAUGUUCAUUAAGGAAAAAGAGCGUGGCUUAUUCAUCUGUCUUUCAAACUUUCGCUUGUCGGCAUUAUGAUUAUGAUUAUGAUUAAUUACUAUGAACAGGAAUUGGAGGAGAGAAUAAAUGCUGGUGCUCUGAAAUGAUCUACCCAACUCUGUCAUCUGUAACAACCAGUGAUAACUCUCUUGUCUUGUAAAAAGGGUUUGUACAUAACUUGUACAUGGUUUCAUUUUGUAUUUUUCGCAGAUUAAAAAUUUAUGUAUUUGUGUUCUAAAA